UGUAGUACAGCGCUGGUGGCAACUCUGCAGAAGAAGAAAACAAGUCGCAGAAAGAAUCAGCAAUUUUCAUUUUGUAUACAAUUCUUUGCAUAACUGUUGCACACGCCCACUUGCACCUGCUCCUGUGAUGCAUACGCGUUAGGAUGAAGCCCCAGUCCAAGAGGAAAUCGUUUCCCUUCAAUGCCCCGCAGCCCGGCGAAAUAAUGGAGUUUGGCUUUGGCACCUUCAAUGCGAAUCCCUUCGGCCAUCCAGGGGACUCCGUUGACUGCGGCAAAUGGCAGCAUAAACGAAAAUCAGAGCAGCAAGUGUCAGUCCUACCCCCAAAACAGCUAAUCACCGAGGAACGUAUAACCCAGCACUUCAGCGGCCUGCAGAUUUCGGGAGAUUCCAAGAUCAAUGUGGGCUCGUCAUCAGUCAACGGCAACAAUAACAGCGGGGCCAAUGUCACAGGAGGCUUGGCCACCGAUGAUAUUCCAUCCACGAGCACGGGCAAGACCCACCAUCCCAAUCCCGCCUACCAGAUGGCGGCUAUGGAAUUGGAGCAGAAGCUACGCAAUGCCAAUCGUAUUGUGAUUUGCGAUGAACUGAAGCAAGGAACAGGUCCUGGACACGUCGGUGCUCCAAUAAUUCCACCGGAGUGGUUGCUGAAAACCGGUCCUCGUCCCUGCACUGCUCUAGUGCCUUGGCAUCCAUCUCCCUUACAGAUGGUUAUGCCACUGACCAAGAUUCCGGCACCACCAACUCCACAGCAACAACUCGUUGGGCAACCUGUAGGACCGGAACUGGAUGACUACGACGAUGAUCUGGAGUUUUUUGAGAAUAACAAUACAUGUAAUGUGAACCUUAACAAGUCUGAUGAGCACAUGGACGAGGACCUGUAGCUAUAGCCAUAAUUUAACCUAAACAAUAAGCAUAAACUGUGUAGAUUUGUAUGUUUGUAUCAGUAAGAAAAAGUUGGUAGCAUGCAAAGAAUACUCACCUCCCUUUACCUUAUUUUGUAUUAAUGAAAACUAUUGAAAAUAGAUAGAUGUAUGUGAAUGAAUCCCAACGGCCAUCUGCGGACCUAAUUCCAGUUUUUACAUUUUCUCAAGCAAAUAAAUGCUGCAUUAAUUCAAUUGUAAAAA